GUGCAAACUACAAAGAACCAUCCUUUCAAGUUUUCAACUUGCCUUCUUCCUUCUCUCUCUCACACACACAACACACACUGAAAAAGGGCAUUAUGUUCUCUCUCGCUAUCAUAUGAACUGAAUCAAUAACCUCAUCGGAACACCUUUUUCUUGGGUUUUGGUUGGUUCGUUUUCUUGUUUCGGGAGUGGAGAUUUUGUGAGAUGAGCAAAGAACGGCCACCGGAGCCGCUUGAUUUCUUCAUUUGGACGGUUGAGGAUGUUGGGCUUUGGUUGGAGGAAAUAAAUCUUGGAGGGUAUCGCCAAACUUUUAAAGAAAAUGGUGUUAAUGGAGAGUAUCUUGAGGGCAUGUCUAUGUUUACAACAGAACAAAUUCUUAGGUUUAUUCGACGUUGUCACAUGAAAUGGGGUGACUUUAUAACACUAUGCAAAGAACUCAGAAGGAUAAAAGUGGCUUGCUUGAAGGGGGAGCAAAAGGUUCGACGACCAUGGUGGGCCCCAUCUUGUUUAUCUGUAGUCUUUGUGAGGGUGGCAAAGCGUAACAGACAAUCACGGGUAGUUUCCAUGAAACUAGAACCCUGAUCUGAUCCACUGAUCCAACCCAACCCAACCCAGUGGGUUGGGGGGAAAAGUCUGACAUCUUCGGUCCUGAUCAGCUUUUCCUCGGUGGAUCUUGAUCAGGAUUUCAGAUGUUUGAAACAUCAUAUCCGCAAGCAAACGUGUCCUUUUGUUUUGUUUUUAUUUAGAAAUCAAAACUAGCAAAAGAAUUCGGUCUUAUAUUGUGUAUCUUUUGUGUCGAUUUUUAUUUAGUUGCUUUUGUGUAAAGUUUGUGGAUGAAGAUUUAUAUAGCAUAAUACGGAUGAGAAAUUUGUAUUUGUAUUUUGUGUAGAUAUGCUUA